AAAAAUAUUCUGAGAAUUUAAGGUAAUAUUGGAAAAAGUGAAGGAUACAGUAACCGUUACAAUGGAGGAAUGGCCGGUUCCAACUUCUUCAGGACCCACAGUUGCUUCACCAAUCCCAACAGUUAACACAGCUUGGAACCUGUCAUGCUACAUGGUCCUCGAAGAGGCUGAGAGGAAAGUCAUCGGCUCCAUCUGUUUCGUGGCGGGUCCCGUCACACUGCUGGAGAACCUUCUAGUGCUGGUAGUGAUUUCUCUCACGGCCACCCUGCGGCAGCGGCCUUCCUAUCUCUUCAUCGCCAGCCUUGCUCUGGCGGAUGUCUUCGCCAGCUGCUUCUUCACCACCAGCUUCCUGGAUUUUCACCUCUUUCACAACAGAGAUGGCGCCACUGCCUACCUCUUCAAACUGGGUGGUGUAACUAUGGCCUUCAGCAGCUCAGUGGGGAGUUUACUGCUGACUGCUCUGGACCGCUACCUCUGCAUCCACCAGGCCUCCAGCUACAAGGUGCUGCUGACUCGCCGGCGAGCCCUGCUGAGCCUGCUGGUCCUCUGGACCACCAACAUCCUGAUCUCCUUCCUGCCUCUGAUGGGCUGGCGGUGUCCCACAGGGCUUUCUCCACCCUGCUCACACCUGUUUCCCUACAUCAACAAGGCUUAUCUAGCCUGCUGGGCCAGCUUCGCACUGGUGCUUCUGGCUCUCAUUUUGGUGGCUUAUGCUCUGAUCCUGUGGAAGGCCCACAGCCACGCCUCCUCCAUGACCAACAUCCAGGGAGCAGCUGGGACAGGCCACGCCCGCAUGAGGAUGGAUAUCCGGCUAGCGCGUAUCUUUGGCCUGAUCCUACUCAUACUAGUGGGCUGCUGGCUUCCUGCACUCUCCUUCAUGCUAGCAGAUGUCGCUAUGCCCCUGGACCGCAACCAACAGAGGGCCUUCGCCUUCUGCAGCACCCUCUGCCUGGUCAACUCGGCAGUCAACCCGCUGCUGUAUGCGCUGCACUGUCGAGACCUGAGAGUCGCUACAAAGCAGUUGUUUCACAGGUUGUGCGUGAUCGGGAGGUGUAAAAAAUCAACACCAGGAUUACCCUCCAAAGAAGAAAACUGCACAAUGGGUUCUGAGGAUGGGACGAUCGGGACAAGAAGCACCCAAAUUAACACAACCUCAGAAAUAGAGAACAAUCAGCUGUAGAACAUCAGAUAAUGAGUUGAAAUAAUCAAGGUGUAAAUGUACAGAUAGAGAAGUGUGGUUGGGGUGUGAAAACAGACAUCACGAGAACUUCACUGUAAGAAUAGAAUCUUAAAUACAUAUGAUUAGGAUUCAUUUUCAUCAAAAUGAUUAGUGCUGGCUCACAACAACUUUAAGGCUAUUAAGUUAAAGGCUAUUAAUAUGCUACUGUUUUACUUGCAGUUACAAGAUACUGUAAAGACAAACAUUAACCUUGACAAAUACUGGAUUUUGUCACCGUUAUAUAUGACUAAAAUCAUAACAAUUAGUGCGAUUAUUAUUGUAUUAUUUCAAAACACAGUUAGAAACAUACCUAUUUCCAGUGCAAAUAAAGCUUCUUAUCUGUAGGUAUUUGUUCGAGGCAGACAAAAGGUUUGGUGUAUGUUGGACUGGGAUGAUAUGUGGCCAUGCAACAUAUAACCUUUGACCUCUCUGCCUCCCAUGUCAGUGCUUUAACGCUCACUCAUCCUAUGACGUACUGUGUCCUGUGAACUGAAGUGCUGACUGAACUUUUGGGUUAACCGCCCGGCACAGAAAGGUGGAUUUGUUGUUCUUUUGCUUGUUUAUGUUUGAGUAUUUGUCCCAGUGAGCGUGCAGGGACAGAGGACGCUGUGGGUUUGCCUAUCUCGCCUGCACAUGAAUGCCAGGACUCCACAAAAGCCCCAUGCACGGGAGGGUUUCACACAAUGUUCACUGCAUGAAUCCAAGCAGUGUGCAGAGGUAAAUGGAGCACAUGCCGGGAAGAGAACAAGCACAGACACUAGAACACUCUGACACACAGGGACAACUGGCAGCUGCACUAAAGCACAUGUAUGUGAUCGUGUACAUUGAGAUACACUUAAAGUCACAGGUGCACAUACUAGUGAGAA